AGAGCAAGCGGCUGGUAACCGCUCAGUCCGUCCCGCCCCCGCCCCCGCCCCCGCAGGUCGCAGCCACCGCCGCGGCGCCAUGGCCUCCGUCACCUCCUGCUCUUCCACCGUCUUCACCUCCUCCUCCUCCUCCAUACCCUACCGAACAAGGACGCCUCUUCCAUCUCUCCGCCCGCCGCCGCGUCUCGCCGGCCUUCUGGGCCGACUGGUGCUGAGGUGCCUAGCUAAACGCGACCCGGGCGAGCCGCGGCUGCUUAGAGCUCCUGUGGUUUCUGACGAGAGAGAGGCACUGGAGCCGGCAGGUCGGGACAGUGGCGGGCUCGCACCGUCCGAUUCGUCGUGGGGGCUCGCGUUCGCGGCGGCGGCGGGGGUGCUCAUGACCCAGGGGUCGCAGCAGGCGCUGGCCGGCACGCAGUUCAUGGGCCUGCAGCCGCCGGCGGACCUGCUGGGGGAUCUCGGGGACAUCAGUACAGGUUUUGCUUCAGCUUUUCUGCUGAUUUUCUUUUCUGAGCUAGGAGACAGGACGUUUUUCAUUGCGGCACUUUUAGCAGCUAGAAAUUCCGGAGGAGUCAUUUUUCUUGGCACAUUUGGAGCACUUGCGGUAAUGACAGUUAUAUCUGUAGUUCUUGGUCGAGCAUUUCACUACGUUGAUGGCGUCCUUCCAUUCAGUUUUGGCGGUACAGAUUUCCCAAUUGAUGACAUUCUUGCUGUGUGUCUCUUGGUAUACUAUGGAGUUACUACAUUACUUGAUGCAGCUUCAGGUGAUGGAGAAAAGAUGAAUGAGGAACAAGAGGAGGCUGAGAUAGCAGUUUCGAAGUUUUCUGGAAAUGGUGCAGGAUUAGUGUCUGUCGCCAGUACUCUUGCUAGCACAUUUGUUUUGGUUUUUGUUGCUGAAUGGGGUGAUAAAUCAUUUUUCUCAACAAUCGCACUUGCUGCGGCUUCAUCCCCUCCGGGUGUCAUUGCAGGGUCGCUUGCUGGUCAUGGUGUUGCAACAUUGAUUGCAGUUCUUGGUGGCUCUUUGCUGGGGACAUUCCUAUCUGAAAAGAUUAUAGCAUACAUCGGAGGGAGCCUUUUUUUAGCAUUUGCCGCUGUGACACUAGUUGAAAUCGCGACUUCAUGACUUGAGAGGAGACCCAAGAUUCACCGACAUGGUACAUAACAGUGCAGAGAAAUCAGCAGUUUAGCUAUUUCUCAUGUGUAAUAACAGUGGUACACUGAUAUGCUGAAGGUCUUGAUUGUCUACAGGAAAUUUACUGUUGAUAUGGGAACACCGUAGCAUGCAUUGGAUGAUUUGUUGUUGCUGACGAGAAUUUCUGCCUCCUUUUCCACGGCAUCCCUUUAUCAGCAUGAUUGGUACUGAGACUCAGAGCACGUGUAAAACUCAAGUCCAAAGAGCAUUUUUUUUACCUGUAGAUGUCAUUUGGGAUGGGACCUGGGACAAAGAGCUGUAGAUGGCAUGUAGCCUUUUUUCUUACUCUUACCUUUUACCAAAACAUUGUUCAGGGAAAGCACAGUCCACUGAUUUGUUCAACAGUCACAGCACCGUGUAGUCAUUACAGAAAGUCUAUGGCACUGUGUUGAACUGUUUCAGUCUAGCACAGCAUUGUACUA